AUGGCGACCGUCUCGGCGUUGUCGAAAGUGCGCGGCACCGCGAAAACGUCGCCGUAUCCGCAAACGGAAGGCAUGCUGGCGGAGACGAUGCAAAAGUACGGCCAACAAUUGGGCGAUCGAAGCGAUCUAGGCAAGGCUCUCACAGACGCCGCCGAAGCGUACCGUCAAAUGGCCGACAUCAAAUAUCAAAUGGAGGACAACGUGAAGCAGAACUUUCUCGAUCCACUCAUCCAUUUGCAGAACAAUGAGCUGAAAGAUGUGAAUCAUCAUCGCACAAAAUUAAAAGGCCGCCGUCUCGAUUAUGAUUGUAAGAAGCGGCAACAGCGUCGCGACGACGAGAUGAUCCAAGCCGAGGAGAAGCUCGAAGAGUCGAAGCGUCUCGCCGAAAUGGCAAUGUUCAAUGUGCUCAGCAAUGAUGUCGAGCAAAUCUCGCAACUUCGCGCCCUCGUCGACGCCCAAUUGGAUUUUCAUCGGCAAACGGUUCAAGUGUUGGAGAAUUUGCACCAACAAUUGAGCCAUCGAAUCAAAGAAGCUGCGAGUCGACCGCGCGAGGAGCACAUUCCGAUACCGGUGUUGGCCACCGAAUGCCGCACGCCACGUUCGAGUUUCAGAUCGCCGGCGCCAAUCGACACCGUCAAUCAUCAGGCGCCGCCGUCGAACGCGCUUCAGAAUAAUGGCUAUCAGCAGCCGCAGGCGUUCGCGACGGGACCACCACCCGGCGGCCUCCCGCCGCCGCUAUCCCAACAACAAGCGCAACAGAAGCCGCACUGUCGAGCACUGUUCGAUUUCGACGCGCAAAGUGAAGGAGAGCUUGAAUUCAAGGAAGGCACCAUCAUCGAGCUGAUAUCGCAGAUUGAUGAGAAUUGGUUCGAAGGACGCGUGAAUGGGAAGACUGGGUUGUUCCCUGUCACUUAUGUUCAGGUGAUUGUGCCACUACACUAA